AUGGCGGAGAGCACCAAAUACCGCACGCUGGAAGAGCAGAUCAAGAAGCAGGAGGUUCGCCUGCAAGAGCUGGUGGAAACGAUGGCCGGCGUACAGGCCGCUGGCCAGCUGCAGUUUCAGAAGGAACUCGAGCAGAGGAGCUCGCGGCUGGAAGCGCUAGUAGGAACCUUGAAUCAGAGGUUUGAUUCCAUUGAACUGAAGUUCAACAGCCUGCUGAAUGUGAUGAUGAAGGAGAAAGGCUGCGCAGAGCAGGACUCGAGGACAUCCGAACCGCUGCUACCGACUCCACCUCCGCACAUGAAGCUAGGAAACCAGAAUGGUACUCCUUGUGCGCCACCAGAGAAUCGAAGUAAGCAAUUCCAUCCAAUCUUGCCGAAACUUGAAAUGCCUAUGUUUGUCGCUGGUAACCCUAGGGAAUGGCUUAGGAAAUGUCAGAAAUAUUUCUUGAAUUACCAGAUUCCUGAUAACCAAAAAGUAGAAAUGGUAGAAAUGUUUCUUGAGGGGAAGGCCGACAAUUGGUUUCAAGGAGUGAAACUGGAACGACCUCACCUCUCCUGGACAGAGUUUAGUGACUUAAUGUGCGAAAGAUUUUCUGGUAAAGGCUCCCGUGAUGUGGUAGAGGAAUUUAAUAAACUUCAACAGAAGGGAACGAUAGAGGAAUAUGAGGAAAAAUUCGAGGAGCUUAAAACUCUCAUGCUCCUCAGAAAUCCUAAAUUAGAUGAGCUCUACUUUGUCUCCAGUUUUGUCAGUGGCUUGAAAGAGGAAAUUAGACCAAUGGUGAAAAUGUUUAAGCCACAAUCACUGGCGAAGGCCUUCGAAGUAGCGGAAUUACAGGAGUGUUCCUUAGAAGUGCAAGCCAGACAUUCGCGAAGUGCUAGUAAAACUGUGUUGGACUCCAGAUUCGGAUUGUUCAAAAAUCCACCUAAUAAUCCGAAGUCCCCUAGUUCCUACCGUAUUCCAGCAAUCACACCAAACACCAACAAGUCAGAAAAUGUGGCUAGAGAAUUCAAUAAGAUCUCUGCUGAGGAGAUACAGUAUAGGCGCAAACAUGAUCUGUGUUACAGGUGUGGUGAGAUGUUUGGGGCGGGGCAUCGCUGUAAGCCAGGAAGCUUGAACUGUGUGGAUUUGGAAGAAGGGGAUGAAACGGAUUUUGAGGACGCCGAAGGGGAACAAGACGCUAGCACUGGACGAGUUGGGGAAUUAGCUGAGGUUUCUUUGAACGCCUUGAAUGGAGCCAUGAACAGGAAGUCUAUUAUACUACUGGGUAACAUGGGAGGGCUACCAGUAAAAAUCUUGGUGGAUACGGGAGCUUCGAACAGCUUCAUCCACUUCGACCUUGCUAAGUCUUUAUACUUACCCCAUCAGGAGGUGACCCCUUUUACAGUCACCUUGGCGGAUGGUACGGACAUUACUAGUGGGGCAAUUUGUCCAAGAGUCAAGUGGCUAAUACAGGAUUAUCAGUUCCAGUUUGAUUUGAAGGUGAUGGAUUUAGGGAAUUGGGACAUUAUUUUAGGGGUAGAUUGGAUGUACCAAUUCAGUCCCAUUACGUUUGAUUUUCAUAGUCUCAGUAUUGCUCUCAGCAGUAGUGGAAGUUUGUUGCACUUACAAGGGCUUAUCAACCAACCUGUGAUGAAGCUGGUGAGAGGUAAGGACCUCAGGUCUUUUAUACAAGAGAAGCAUAGGCACUGUGCAGCCUUGCAAGCUGAAUCACAGGAGCACCAGCAAAGAGAUAUUCCUGAGCAGGUGGAAGCGGUCCUGCAACAGUACUCACAAGUAUUCGCCACCCCGACAGGUCUGCCCCCGAAGAGAGAGCCGGAUCACCAAAUCACUCUCAAACCUGGAGCGGAACCAUUCAAACUAAAACCUUACCGGUAUCCUCACGCACACAAAACUGAAAUUGAGAAGCAAGUGGCUGAGAUGCUUUCUAGUGGUAUUGUUAUUCACAGUAGUAGUCCUUUCGCAUCUCCUGUUUUGCUGGUCAAGAAAAAAGAUAACUCAUGGAGAUUAUGUGUGGACUAUCGAAAGCUAAAUGAGCUGACAGUUAAAGAUAGAUUUCCCAUACCAAAUAUAGAUGAACUUUUGAAUGAGUUGCAUGGGAUGAAGUACAUGUCUAAGCUGGACCUUAGAGCGGGUUACCACCAGCUGAGAGUUAAAGCAAUGGAUACACGCAAAACUGCCUUCCAAACGCAUCAUGGUCACUUCGAAUUCUUGGUCAUGCCGUUUGGAUUGACGAACGCGCCAGCUACCUUCCAAGCCUUGAUGAAUCGGAUUUUCCAGCCAUAUAUGAGGAAGUUUGUGUUAGUAUUUUUUGACGAUAUCUUAAUCUACAGUCCCACCUUCGAGUCGCACCUGCAACAUCUCCAAAUUGUCCUUGGGGUCUUGGCGAACAAUCAACUAUUCUGUAAAAGAUCUAAAUGCUCCUUUGCCCAGACUUCCGUGGAGUAUUUGGGACAUGUAAUAUCUGAAAAUGGCGUAAGCAUGGACAAGUCUAAGAUAGAGUGCAUACUCUCCUGGCCAGCGCCCGAAACAGUAAAAGAAUUAAGAGGAUUCCUGGGUUUAACAGGGUAUUACCGAAGAUUCGUUAAAGGAUAUGGGGUAAUCAGUAAGCCAUUGACUCAAUUGUUGAAAAAGGACGGAUUCACAUGGAAUUCUGAAGCUCAGAUGGCCUUUGAGGAUUUGAAGAAAGCCAUGACGACUGCCCCCGUACUGAGCAUGCCCAACUUUGAGCUUCCCUUCGUCAUCGAGACGGAUGCCUGUGAAGUGGGCAUUGGGGCAGUCCUGAUGCAACAAGGGCAUCCCAUAGCAUUCCUUAGCAAAGCUCUAGCAAACCAGAAUCUAGGUAUGUCGGUAUACGAGAAGGAGCUCUUUGCAUUGGUGCUGGCGGUCACCAAAUGGAAACAUUAUCUAGUCGGUCAUCGCUUCAUUAUCCGAACGGAUCAUCAGGCCCUCAAAUACUUGUUAGAACAGCGACUCACACAUCCGUUGCAACACAAAUGGCUGACCAAGUUGUUAGGCCUGGACUACGAGAUCCAUUAUAAGAAAGGCAUCGACAAUGGAGUGGCGGACGCAUUAUCAAGGCGACGGAUAGUCGAUCACAGUAAGGGGUGUUCAACCGAGUCUGGAAUUUUGAAUGCUAUUUCGUCAGUGCAGCCAGCUUGA